CUUCAGCUCACUAUUACGUGCGCAGAGCGGCCAACAGCCCCAUUCGCUGAAAACUUUUUAUGCGGGACUGUCAUAGCGUUUGACCGUAGGGUUGUAUAGUUCGGAUCGGAGCAGGUUAGGUUUGAGCGAAACUACGAUUAUUUUCAUUUCAUAUCUGCAAGGUAGGAGAGACGGGCCGUUCAUAAAUGAUGGUGCUGCAUAAAGACACGUUUGUCCCGCCGAUGGAGUUCGAGCGGCUUUUCGACCACAGAGAGACGCUGAUGUGGAUGCAGCAGAACUGGUGGUUGUCCAUUCCCUUUGGUGUCCUCUAUGUCGCCCUGGUGUUUUUUGGGGUGUACUACAGGAGGCAAAGACCCCAAAUGGACCUUCGGGUGUGGCUGUUUCUCUGGUCCCUGAUGCUGGCAGUGUUUAGCAUUGCUGGAGCACUUCGUACUGUUCCCUACAUGUUCCACGUUCUGCUCAGUGGUGGUUUCAGACGUUCCGUUUGUGACCAGAGGUUCUACACAGACCCCGUCAGCAGCUUCUGGGCCUACGCCUUCGUCCUGAGCAAAGCUCCAGAACUGGGUGACACUGCCUUCAAUGUGCUGAGGAAGAAGAAGCUGCUGUUCCUGCACUGGUUCCACCACAUGACCACGCUGAUUUAUUCCUGGUACGGCUACAAAGAGAUGGUGGCCGGUGGUGGGUGGUUCAUGACCAUGAACUUCACCAUACACGCCUUCAUGUACUCCUACUACACUCUGAGGGCCGCUGGUGUGCGUGUGCCUCGCGCGGUAAACGUGGUCAUCACCAGCCUGCAGAUCGCUCAAAUGGUCAUGGGUCUGUUUGUGUGUGUGCUGGUCUACAACUGGAUGCCGCAGGGCGACUGCCCCUCCAGCGUAAGCAGCGUCGCGUGGGGGGGGUUCAUGUAUCUCAGCUACCUGCUGCUCUUUGUUCACUUCUUCUACAAAACCUACAUACGUCCAACAAACGUCUCUCACUCAGGUGAAACGGCCAAGAUUGAGAAAAUUGAGUGAGAAAAGCUGAGAUUCAGACUAGACCAAAAAUAUAAAAUAAAAUAAG